UAUAUAUAUAUACCAAAUCUAAAACCAUCUCGCUGUUUUUGCUCUCUUCGUAUUCUGGUCAACCACUGAGCGAUUUUAUUUUUGCGUUUUAAAAUUUUCAGUGACUUUCUCAGUGUCGUGACUUUCGGCUUAUACAAACUUUCUUUUUCCCCCGCAAAAUUUUGAUUAACCCGAUUAACUUCCAUAAUAUUUCGUUUCUUUGGUCGAUGACGAAACCGAGAAGACGUUAACCAGACUCUUCUUUAGAGCGUUUCAAAAUUCUGAAUUUUCUGGGAGUAUUUCGGAGUUUCCAGGGAAUGAAUUUCUGUGAUUGUAAUGCUAAUCGAAAACGUUUUAGCGGAUUUAUGGAAAGGUGAAGUUAUAAGUGAUCGUGUUGAAGAGCGCCUCUCAUGGCGAAUUUCCUAUCCGGGUUUUUAUUGCCUCUACUGCUUUUAACAGCUGCUCUUAUCAAUUGGAGCUUGAUCUCUCUUGUUGAUUUGAUAGCCUUCCUUCUCAUUCAAUUUGAUGUAGCAAAACCAGGUUUUCAUUUUCGAAAGAGGUUCUUAGCAUUGUGGCCCGUCAUCAUUUUUUCUGUACUUGUUAUUCUUUCUCAAGUGAUAUAUCUUGUUAUAUGGGCUAUUGAGGAAAACAGAGACAGUAUAGCAGAUGCCUGGUGGGCGAAGCUAACUGGAUUAAUGAUAAUUCAGUCAUGGAAAUCUCCCUCUAUGAUUUUUUUACUGGUUGUACAACUAUCAGCUGCUGCUGUUGCUUUAGUUGAUUUGCAUGGAAGCAAAUUUGGUCUGAUUUCAUGGCGAGAUUCAUGCUGGGCUCAUUUGUCAUUGGCAGUUGAACGUUUAGGUUAUCACCUUAGGGUUGCUUUCUGCUUGCUGUUGCCUGCCAUUCAGCUGGCUGAGGGAAUUAGCCAUCCUUCAUGGAUUUCUCUACCAUUUUUUGUUGGGAGCUGUGUUGGGCUUGUCGGUUGGUCUUUGACAAGCAACUUCCUUGGACUUUUCAGGUGGUGGAGGCCUUUGCAGCUAUAUGCAGGCUUCAAUAUUGUCAUUCUUUACAUCUAUCAGCUUCCUUUGGAGUUUCCAAAUAUGUUACAGAGAGUAGCUGAUUUCAUUGGUUUGUUCAAAAUUACUGCAAAUUCUGAGUGGCCUGAAAUUUGUUCAAGCUUUUCUCUUAUACUUUUCUAUAUCAUGCUCUCUUAUGUUAAAUGUGAUUUGGAGGAAAUGGAUUUUAUUAUGUCCAUGAGAGAAAAUAACUUGACGGAGCAACUUCUUCCCUCAAAGCAUUCCUUUUUCAUUCGUCAAUCAAGAUCUGGUGUAAGGCAUACCAAUGUUUUACUGAGGGGAGCAGUUUUUCGGACAUUUAGUAUUAACUUUUUCACGUACGGUUUCCCGGCGUCCUUGUUUGCUCUUUCCUUUUGGAGCUUCCAUUUUGCAAGUAUAUGUGCAUUUGGAUUACUUGCAUACGUGGGUUACAUUGUAUAUGCCUUCCCUUCCUUAUUCCAUUUGCACCGGCUGAAUGGGCUGCUUCUUGUCUUCAUUCUCUUGUGGGCUCUUAGCACAUAUAUUUUCAAUGUAGCAUUUACAUUCUGGAAUUGGAAUCUUGGAAAGGACAUGGAUAUAUGGGAGAUGGUUGGAUUAUGGCAUUAUCCUAUUCCUGGAUUUUUCUUGCUGGCACAAUUUUGUGUUGGAAUAUUGGUUGCCUUGGGUAAUCUUGUGAACAAUUCAGUUUUUCUCUGCUUGUCUGAUGAGGAUAGACAUUCUUCAAAUGACAACACGACUGCAAAUGGAAAGGAGGAGACUAAGGUAUUGAUUGUGGCCACGGUUGCAUGGGGAGUUAGGAAAAUCUCUCGGGCUAUCGUGUUGGUGCUGAUAUUCCUCAUUGCUAUGAAACCUGGUUUUAUUCAUGCUGUAUAUAUGAUAUUCUUCUUGAUAUAUCUUUUAAGCCACAACAUCAGCAGAAAGAUUCGGCAAUCUUUGAUACUUCUAUGUGAAGCUCACUUUGCACUGUUGUACAUUCUUAAAAUCAAUUUAAUUUCUAAUGCAUUGGAGCAAAAAGGAUCUAUUAGUAUGGGAGUUUUAUCACAGUUAGGUCUACUCGAAGAUGAAAGUUCCUGGGAUUUCUUAGAAGUAGCUUUGCUUGCUUGCUUCUGUGCAAUUCAUAACCAUGGUUUUGAAAUGCUAUUUUCAUUCUCAGCUAUUGUGCAGCAUACCCCUAGCCGUCCAAUUGGAUUUAGCAUUUUGAAAGCUGGUCUGAACAAAUCAGUUCUGUUGUCAGUGUAUGCCUCCCCAGCCACGAAGUACAGCCAUGACAAUCCUUCUUAUGAAAGAAGAAUAGCAGCAUUCCUUAGUGCAAUUGGGCAGAAGUUUCUUUCUGUGUACCGUUCAUGUGGAACCUACAUUGCCUUUUUGACUAUUCUCCUCACAGUAUACCUGGUUAAACCCAAUUAUAUAUCAUUUGGGUACAUAUUUCUUCUUCUUGUUUGGAUCAUUGGAAGACAACUUGUUGAGAGAACAAAAAGACGCCUUUGGUUCCCAUUGAAAGCAUAUGCAAUCAUGGUGUUUGUCUUCAUCUAUAGCUUGAGUAGCUUUCCCAGCUUUAAGAUGUGGUUGUCCAGGUUAAUCGACCUUUAUUUUUAUCUUGGCUUCAACCCGGAAGCUUCAUCUUUGGAAAAUGUUUGGGAAUCUCUAGCAGUCUUAAUUGUCAUGCAACUUUAUAGUUAUGAAAGGAGACAGAGCAGAUAUAACGUGUCAGAUGAUCCUGAUCUGUUGGAGUUUGGGGUGAUUGGAUUUGUAAAAAGGUUCCUCAUUUGGCACAGUGACAAAAUCUUGUUUGCUGCUUUUUUCUAUGCUUCUUUAUCUCCAAUUAGUGCCUUUGGUUUUGUAUAUUUACUUGGCCUUGUUAUCUGUUCAACUUUACCUAAAGCUUCAAGGACCCCGUCCAAAUCAUUCUUGGUUUAUACUGGAAUUCUUGUAACAGCUGAAUAUCUCUUCCAGAUGUGGGGUAGUCAAGCAGAGAUGUUCCCUGGACAAAAACAUUCUGAUUUAUCCCUCUUUUUGGGUUUUCGUGUAUUCAAGCAUGGGUUUUGGGGCCUAGAAUCAGGCCUGAGAGGAAAAGUGAUGAUUAUUGCUGCAUGUACACUUCAAUAUAAUGUUUUUCACUGGUUGGAGAAGAUGCCAAGUGUUGUUCGAAACAAAGGAAAGUGGGAGGAGCCUUGUCCUUUGUUUGUCUCAGCAGAAGAUGCAGCAAGUAAUGGCUCCAUUUCUGGUGAGGAAAAUAAGCCAACAUCAGAUUAUGGAGCACAAUCUGUAAAACAAGUGGCAAGAGGUUCUGAGGGUAGUGGCAGUAGCAAAUAUUCAUUUAAUUAUAUUUGGGGAAGCACCAAGGAGAGCCACAAGUGGAAUAAGAAGCGAAUUAUUGUCUUGAGAAAGGAAAGGUUCGAAACACAAAAGACCCUCUUAAAAAUCUAUGUGAAAUUCUGGAUGGAGAAUCUGUUUAACCUCUUUGGUCUUGAGAUAAACAUGAUUGCAUUGCUUCUUGCAAGCUUUGCUUUGUUAAAUGCCAUAUCAAUGUUGUACAUAGUGUUGCUUGCUGCUUGUGUUAUUUUGAAUCGGAGAGUUAUACGUAAAUCAUGGCCUGUAUUUGUCUUCUUGUUUGCUUCCAUUCUCAUUCUUGAGUACUUUGCCAUUUGGAAGACAAUGUGGCCUGGAAGUCAACCUGGUGGGACUGAUAUACAUUGUCAUGACUGUUGGAGAGACUCAACCCUAUAUUUCAGUUAUUGUGAAAGCUGUUGGCUAGGACUUAUUGUUGAUGAUCCCCGAAUGCUUAUCAGCUAUUUUAUGGUCUUCUUGCUAGCUUGCUUCAAACUUCGUGCUGAUCACUUGGCCAGCUUCUCAGUGUCAUCAACGUACCAUAAAGUGGUGUCUCAACGUAAAAAUAUAUUUGUCUGGAGAGAUCUUUCUUUCGAAACUAAAAGCAUGUGGACCUUUCUUGACUAUCUGAGGCUUUAUUGCUAUUGCCACUUAUUGGAUCUUGUUCUUACAUUGAUUUUGAUUACUGGAACCCUUGAGUAUGACAUUCUGCACCUUGGUUAUCUUGCUUUUGCACUGGUUUUCUUUCGAAUGAGACUUGAAAUAUUAAAGAAGAGGAAUAAGAUAUUCAAGUUUUUGCGCAUAUACAAUUUUGUCCUUAUUGUGCUUUCUCUUGCUUAUCAAUCUCCUUUCCUUGGGGAAUUCAGCGCCGAGAAGUGUGAGACUAUCAAUUAUAUAUAUGAGAUGAUUGGAUUUGUUAAAUAUGACUAUGGGUUUCGGAUUACUGCAAGAUCAGCUUUUGUUGAAAUUAUUAUAUUUAUGCUGGUAUCUCUUCAGUCAUACAUGUUCUCCUCCCAAGAGUUUGAUUAUGUGUUUCGAUAUCUUGAAGCAGAGCAGAUUGGUGCCAUUGUGCGUGAGCAAGAGAAAAAAGCUGCAUGGAAAACUGCACAUUUACAACAUAUUCGUGAGGCUGAGGAGAAGAAACGCCAGCGUAACAUGCAAGUGGAAAAGAUGAAAUCAGAGAUGCUCAACCUGCAAAUUCAACUUCAUAGCAUGAACUCGGUUGCAACUUGCAGUGGCACUUCUCUUGGCAACGAAGGUCUAAGAAGGAGAAGGAGUACUUCUCUUACUUCUAAUAAUGAUGCCGGGACCCCUGAUAAAGAUGGAAUUAUCAUUAAAAAAGAGCAGAUAAUUGGAGAGGAUUCAGUAUACCCUUUUGAAUCGCAUGAAUCUCCUGCUGCAGUGGACAUGGACAUUCCACAAGCAAUGGAGUCUGUGAAGCAUUCAAUAGAAUCUCCUCAUUGUGAGAUUACUGAAGUUGAAGCGGAUUUUUCUGAUAAGGCCCUUAUUGACUCAGAAUAUAAAGAAAAAGUUAAAGGCCAAGCUAAGGAAAACCCAUUAAUAUCUGCCGUACAGCUUAUUGGUGAUGGUGUUUCCCAGGUACAGUCUAUUGGAAAUCAGGCAGUUAACAACCUUGUGAGCUUCUUGAACAUUACACAUGAAGAAUCUGAUACAAAUGAACAUUCAUCUACUGAGGAUGAGGUAUAUGAUGAGAUGGAGAGUCAAAAAACAAAAUGCAUGUCUUUGGACCGUUCAUCUUCUUUGCAGUCUGAUAUGAGUUCCGAUGCUGCAAGCCUGCAAUUAGGAAAAAUCUUUCGUUAUAUUUGGACACAGAUGCGAUCCAACAAUGAUGUUGUGUGUUAUUGUUGCUUUGUUCUGGUCUUUCUGUGGAACUUUAGUUUUCUUUCUAUGGUGUAUCUGGCAGCUCUAUUCUUGUAUGCACUCUGUGUAAAUACCGGUCCAAGUUACAUUUUCUGGGUUGUUAUGCUGAUAUACACAGAAGUUUAUAUUUUGCUUCAGUAUUUGUACCAGAUUAUUAUUCAGCACUGUGGGUUUACUAUUGAUACAGAUAUCCUCCGUGAGCUGGGAUUUCCUACUCAUAAAAUCAUGUCAUCCUUUGUUGUCAGUUCGCUGCCUCUCUUUCUUGUUUACUUGUUUACCCUGAUACAGAGCUCUAUUACUGCAAAAGAUGGCGAAUGGAUGUCUUCUAUGGAGUUAAGCUUAUAUAAGAAGAAUGGUCUUGCUGGAAAUGAAGCCUUUGUGACUCAUGAUUGGAGUGAGAAGGCAAAAGAUCUGCUGCAGCUAAUGGAAUAUACCAUAAAAUUCAUAAUUAGAAGCUUUUUAACAUACUGGAAAUCAUUGACUCAGGGAGCAGAAUCUCCUCCUUUCUUUCUCCAGGUGUCUAUGGAUGUGGACUCAUGGCCAGAGGAUGGAAUUCAGCCAGAAAGAAUUGAAUCUGGAAUAAAUCAAUUGCUUAGAAUUGUCCAUGAUGAAAGAUGUAAGGCAAAAAACCCUAAACUUUGCCCUUGUGCUAGUAGAGUUCAUGUGCAAAGCAUUGAAAGAAGUCAAGAAAACCCAAGUGUGGCCUUGGUUGUUUUUGAAGUGGUAUGUGCCUCCCCGUUGACAGACUGUGCUUCGGUUGAGUGGUACAGGUCACUUACCCCUGCAGCAGAUGUGGCCGAUGAGAUACUUAAAGCACAGCAAACUGGGCUUUUUGAGGAAAUCAGGUUCCCGUAUCCUAUAGUUUCUGUAAUUGGGGGAGGCAAAAGAGAUAUUGAUCUGUAUGCCUAUACAUUUGGUGCUGAUCUGACUGUUUUCUUUUUAGUUGCCAUGUUCUAUCAAUCUGUGAUUAAGAACAACAGUGAAUUUCUUGAUGUGUAUCAGCUUGAAGAUCAGUUUCCUAAAGAGUUUGUAUUCAUCUUGAUGGCUAUCUUUUUCUUGAUAGUGCUUGAUCGCGUGAUCUACCUCUGUUCAUUUGCCACUGGAAAAGUGAUUUUCUACCUUUUCAGUCUUGUCCUUUUUACAUAUGCAGUUACAGAGUAUGCUUGGAAUAUUGAGCCUUCCGACCAGCAUCACCCGGAGACCUCUAACCACCAACAUGCUGGAAAGUUAGCACUCCGAGCUAUAUUUCUUGCAAAAGCUGUUUCUUUAGCAUUGCAGGCUGUACAAAUCAGGCAUGGAAUUCCUUAUAGAAGCACUUUGUCUCGGCAGUUUUUGACCAGUAAAAUUUCACGAAUUAAUUACUUAGGCUACCGACUUUAUCGUGCCCUGCCAUUCCUUUACGAAUUGCGAUGUGUACUCGACUGGUCAUGUACAACCACGUCUUUGACCAUGUAUGAUUGGCUAAAACUGGAGGACAUAUACGCAAGCUUGUACCUUGUCAAAUGUGAUGCAGUUUUAAAUAGAUCAAAGCACAAACAAGGAGAAAAGCAAACAAAAAUGACCAAAUGUUGCAAUGGGAUAUGUCUGUUCUUCGUAUUAAUCUGCGUUAUAUGGGCUCCUAUGCUGAUGUAUAGCAGUGGUAAUCCUACAAACAUGGCAAACCCCAUUAAGGAUGCCACUUUUCAGGUCGAUAUUAAGACAGUGAGUGGAAGUUUGACACUGUAUCAGACCACCCUAUGUGAAAAGCUUCCAUGGGAUAAGCUCAGCUCUAAUGCUAAACUUGAUCCCAAGAGUUAUCUGGAUACAUAUAAUAAGAAUGAUAUCCAGUUCAUAUGCUGUCAAGCUGAUGCAAAUGUCUUGUGGCUUAUUCCUGAUGUGGUUAGGACCAGAUUCAUUCAGUCCCUUGACUUGGGAAUUGACAUGGAUAUUACUUUUGCAUGGGUACUUACCAGAGACAGACCGAAAGGAAAAGAAGUUGUAAAAUACGAUGGGAGUGUUGGUGAUCAAUAUCUUCCAGAUCCAUCAGAUGUUCAGAAAGUUCUUAAUGGCUCUUCAAACAGUUUUAGGAUAGAUAAUGUUUAUGAUAGAUUCAUCCGUGUCACUGGUUCUGGUGAAUUUAGACCUUUGGAAUUAGAGGAUAAUUAUGUUGGUGCCGACUUGGUUAUGAACCAUGCAAACUAUGAUUGGUGGUCGUUCAAUGAUAUUAAUGCAUCAGAUAUCAAUGCAUGCGGUAGUUUAACAGGACCAAUGGCUGUUGUAGUAUCUGAGGAAACGCCACCACAGGGUAUUCUUGGUGAUACUCUAAGCAAGUUCAGCAUCUGGGGCCUCUACAUAACCUUCGUUCUAGCAGUAGGCCGCUUUAUCAGACUCCAAUGCUCUGAUUUAAGAAUGAGAAUUCCCUACGAGAACCUUCCUUCCUGCGAUAGGUUGAUUGCAAUAUGUGAAGAUAUAUAUGCGGCAAGAGCCGAAGGUGAACUUGGAGUGGAAGAAGUACUUUACUGGACACUGGUGAAGAUUUACAGAUCGCCGCAUAUGCUGCUUGAAUACACAAAAGCUGACUAGACUGUGCAACGUCAAAUGCUACUUUCCCUUGACAAUAUAUUUGCUGACACCCAUUUAGAGAUACGCUAACCAUAAUACCAAAGCUAUAGCAGUAGGAAAUAAUUUUAUACAAGUUUUUCAAUAUUAUUAUUAUAUAUAUAUAUAUUUUUUUUUUUACUCAUCAUUUUCAUGAGAUAAGUCUGAAGACAGUUAUGACGUCAUGACCUUGAGCCCCGUAUUAAGAAGGGGCUGCUAAAAUUGUCAUGAUAAAUGUGUGUAUUUUUUAGUAAAAUUUGUAUAAAAAUGUAUGUGAACGCUUUUCAUUA